CUUUGCGGCUCAUGGCUUCUGCGCCAGGAGCCUCACAUUGUGGCUCGGUCCACUCUCCACUCGUUUUGGAAACUGAGAGCAGCUGAACAUUUGAAACAUCUGGCGGGAGACACUGGAGUUUCCAGGUUGUGGCACUGAGCAGCAGGCGGCCUUGGAUGUGGGCAGGUUGCGUCCGAUAGUCAGAAAGCCGCCACUGAAAGCCAAAAGUUAAAUGUCUGAAGGACUGAAGCUGGAAUCCACCUUCAAACUUGAGGGAAGAUGUGACGUGAGAAGUCUGGACGGAUGCGCAGAGCGGACUCAUAGCGCUCCGGCGGAGAUGCCGCCGGGCGCAGGACGAACCGCCUUCAUGCCGCGCAAAACAAUCCGGAGUCCCAAAUGCGCGCGCUGUCGGAACCACGGCGUGGUUUCGUGUCUGAAAGGGCACAAGCGCGUGUGUCGCUGGCGGGACUGUCACUGCGCCUGCUGUCUGCUGGUGGUGGAGCGGCAGCGCGUCAUGGCUGCGCAGGUGGCGCUGAGGCGGCAGCAGGCGGCGGAGGUGAGGAGAGAUCAGGUGCAGGGGAAGAAGAGUGUGAGAUGUUCAGCGCCGCUGCGGAAAAUGUUCCAUCAGCGUUACAGUGGGCCAGCGGAGCCAAGUCUGCUGGCAAAGAGCAUCCUGCAGGGAUUGAAGCCGGCAGUGCAUCUGAAGGACGGGACUAAGGAGUUGGAGGAAUGUGACCCUUCGUGCCGGCCCGACCCGUCUAUCAGCGCCCGGAUGAGGAAGAGGAGAACCUUUGCUGACAAGGAGCUGGAGGCCGUGAUGCUGGCCCGGGAGCUGAGACAGAGAGAGCUUUCUUGCUCCUUUUCCUCCCCCCGACCCGUGCUCCACCCUGCAGCCCUGACCCUGACACCUAGCCUUCUCUGUCACGACAGGCCCCCCUCCUCUCCAGGGGCGUCCGACCAUGAGUGGAAAUACAAGCCGGCGCAAGACUUCCACUUCUACCACUUGUUCCACCUCCAUGGCAGAAGCUCUUCAGACUGUAAUGACUUCCUGUUGUGCCGAAGCUCCGAGCAGGAAGAGAUAGAGGAGAUACUCCAGUGCCGCGGGAAACAAGAAACAAAUGGUGCCUCUGCCAGUGUCACACACUUUAUAUUGGGACACGGCAGCCCAGAAGUCCGCGCCCCCAGCAGGACUUUGAUAGCUUGUGGCUGGUGUGCAGACUCUCCCGCUGGUCAGCAGAGUCCUCAUGUGGACCAGAGUCCUCUUGGUGGCACAGGCAUGACUCCGACGGUGAAGCCAUUACCGUUCUCUGUGGAGGCACUGCUGAAGGCCUGACAGCGAGAACACGCACUUGUUUAUUUAUGUACUCACAUCCUCAAU